UGAGCGCCGGCCCGGCCCGGCCAUGCAGUCCCUGGAGGUAGGUCUGGUUCCGGCCCCGGCGCGGGAGCCGAGACUGACCCGCUGGCUGCGGAGAGGCAGCGGGAUCUUGGCGCACCUGGUGGCUUUGGGCUUCACCAUCUUCCUGACGCUGCUGUCCCGGCCGGGAACCAGUCUUUUCUCCUGGCACCCUGUAUUCAUGACCUUGGCGUUCUGCCUCUGCAUGGCUGAGGCCAUUCUGCUCCUCUCGCCUGAGCACUCCCUGUUCUUCUUCUGCUCCCGAAAGUCCCGGAUCCGACUCCACUGGGCAGGCCAGACCCUAGCCAUCCUCUGUGCAGCCCUGGGCCUGGGCUUCAUCAUCUCCAGCAAGACCCGCAGUGAGCUGCACCACCUGGUGUCCUGGCACAGCUGGGUAGGGGCUCUGACACUGCUGGCCACUGCUGGCCAGGCCAUGUGUGGGCUCUGCCUCCUCUGUCCCCGGCAAGCCAGGAUCUCAAGGGUGGCUCGCCUCAAGCUCUACCAUCUGACAUGUGGACUGGUGGUCUACCUGAUGGCUACGUUAACGGUGCUCUUGGGCAUGUGCUCAGUGUGGUUCCAGGCCCAGAUCAAAGGUGCAGCCUGGUACCUGUGCCUGGCUCUGCCCCUCUACCCAGCCCUGGUGAUCAUGCAUCAGAUCUCCAGCUCCUACUUACCAAAGAAGAAAAUUGAAAUCUGAGUCCUUCUGAACGCUGAAUCUAGGUGGAAUGCUUGCACUGGACUUCAGUGGUUCUACUGAUGACCUUCGAAUGGAUCCAUUUCAGAAGUAUUACUUCUUAGCUGGGUCAGGGGCUGCAGAAACCCAAACUGCUAAUGCUGAGGGAUGACUCAGUGGACCAAAAUGAGGAAAUGUACUCGGUGCAAGUGAAAGGUGAUGGGGAGCCUCUGUGCUUGAUGGGAGACAGACGUGCUGGGUGGUGGUGGUGACGUCGGUGGAAAUCUUUUCUUGCUUGUAUGCCUGAUGAAGAGUUGGGUUCUUAUAACUUAUGGUUGGCAGCUAUGGCACUUUGAAUCACUUUUGAGAAAACGGUGUGAUAUGGUGGAGAGAGAGAUUAGGCUGAUAGUUCUCAUAGGUUCUGUUGUACAACCUUAGGCAAGUUACAUGCGCCAGGACCUCAGUGUCCUCAGCUGUGUAAUGAAUGUUUUGAAACAGUCUGUCAAGCUGCCGUCCCAGAACACCCUCCCGGUUCUGGGCCAUGGACUCAGCCGCUCAGACUCAAGAUGGAAUUCUUACAUCUGUUGAGCCCCUACCUCUCUGGUGGGGCAGGUCUGCCUUUGUUGCCUUUUAGGAAUCGGUGUUAAUGUAGCCCCUGGACCAGGGCACAUGGGGGCAGGCACUGUGGAGAGAAGGGUCUCCUGAACUCCAAGGCAGUAAAGCACUGAAGUCACUUUAUUGUUUGGGAGGAAGAGGACAGCAUCUUAACAACACUAUCUAGAGCAUCCUUCAGCUUAGCGGAUCUGGGCUUGACGGAUGCACGAUAUCCGUUCUCAGUCACAAAGUCCUUAGCAUUUCACGCUUUGCCCUUAUCUGGCACAUAGCUUCGUGAGCUGUCCUGGAGCUUUCAGAACAAAAUAACUGAGAAAGUGGCGCAAGGCUCUUCUGAUCUAGGGAAAAACCAAGUCUCCCUGAUUCCCCUCUCAUCUUGUCAUCUAAGCUUUCUCAGUUCAAAAACCUCUUGCCAGCUUUUUGGCCCAGAAGGGGACUGAGUUAGGUGCCAGCUGGCAAAUGUGGGCUGGGUCUCCUUUCCUCCAGACUGCCCUCCAUGAUGAGGACUGGAUGCCAGACUAGUUAGCUCUGGUCUGGCUCAGUCCAGGAGAUGGAGCCUCCGUGAUGACGGCAGGGACUGAUGUUGAGAGGAGACAGCUCAGUGGAAACUCUGGGAGGCCUAGGGUAUAGGGACUGGUGCUUCCGGUCCCAGGAGGUGGGGGAGGCCUGCCUAAAUGGCAGUGUUUGGGAUGUUGCAGGCUUUUUAAAAAUGCAGGCCCUCCUCUCUGGGUGGCUCAGAAGCAAAGGACCUUCGCAUGACUCAACAGUGCUAGAAGGGCGGCUGCAAGGACAGGAGAGUCCUCUAGGGGACCUCACUUGGCUCCUCCUUGAUCAGGUGGCAUCUCCCAGGAACCCUCUAGACCCUGAGCAGCCAAACUGGGGCCCUGCUACGCAGAGGACGAUGUUCCUGUCUCUCUCAUUGCCCUCUCUCCCCUCUCAAGCUAGCCAGUGUGAUCUGAACUUGGAAGGGGUGCUCACCUGGGGUCACUUCCAUCAGGGGUUCCAUCUCCUCUCCCUCCAUUAUAUGCCAGCGCUAGGAGUCUCGCCCUGCCUACAGCAGCGUGAGGGCCAGGUAGGGCGCUCCAGCUUGUUCUAAGAGCCAAGCAGGCAAUGCCAUACAGCCUGAGCCUGCCUGAGGUGUUGCCUCCUCCCAGGUGGUGCGGGGGCUGGCGGGCGGGCGGGCAGGCGGGCUGACAGCCGGCAGUUUGCGUGGGCUGUGCCAGCUGAUGUCUAUUCCCAGCCCUGGGAGGAAGGGGGAAGUCAUUUAUAUUCUGCAGGAGGAAAAGGCCCCAGCUGUCACCUCUCUGACCAGUAGGCCUGGAGGACAAGGGCACAGGGCAGAGAGGGGACGCUGGUGGGAUCUUAUUUAUCUGGUCUGAUUGUGGUAGAGGGUGUAGGUCACCAGGAGGUGACUGGCCAGAUUGUGGGGGGACUUCCCUCCCCUCCUCUCUUUGUAUUUCAUCACCACCUGCCCUCACAUCCUGGGGCAGCAGCUGGACAGCCAUCAGACCUCAGUGCCAGGGCGCUCUUCCUCCAGCUGGGAUCUGGGUGGCUGCCGGCCACAUAUGUCUCCUGCUUGUGUGUUUUCCUCCUCCCUAAACCCCCUGUCCCCCACUUCCCCACAUCUCCCCAUCUGGGAUAUUAGCUAGCUUGCUCAAAAAUGAGGAGAGGCCUCAGGAGAAAAGCAAAUGGCCCCUGGCUAGUGAAAGUCAGUCUGUUUCGCCUUAAAAAAAAAGUCAGGGUGCUCAAAUUAAAAACAAAACAAAACUGUGUCAUUUGCACAAAUUUGCAUAUCAAGCUCACUGAGUCCUAAUUCCAGAUGAUUAUAUUUAAACUCAACCUUGAGGAUAUGAGAUGAUUUUUGUGUCUAAAUCCAGAUGGUAAUAGGAUUUCCACUCCGGGUUCAGAUGCACCCCAUCCCAGACACCCACCAUGGCUGGGAGGGGGGUGGUAAAUGGCAGGGCUUUGUGUCUGGGCGGGUCUCCCAGCCUCACCUCUCAGCUCCUCAGCUGCUUCAAGGUAGGCUGCUCUCUGCUGUCAGCGGCGCCUCCUCUCCCCACCCUCUCACAGGGCAGACUACCCCUCCCUGCUCAGACACUGGCCUGUCCCUUCUUCCUCCCUGUCCCCACCCUCCCGCCCCCGUGCCUGGCUGCUCUGGGUCUUGUUUUUAAAACCUCGCUGUGGGAGAUCCAGGCAUCCUCCCGAGCCAGCUGGCUGCUGUGCCAAGCCCUGUUCAGAGUUAAUAAUAAUCAUUAGCUGAACAGUGUUGGGGCCUUUCAGCUGCAGAUCUCUAAGCACUUGCAGGCUGAGUCAGCCAGCCCUCACCUCCCCCCUUCCUGGGCUGCCUAGUGGAACAGAAUGGGGUAGCACUAUGGGGGGGGGGGUGUGUGUGUCAGGAGUCUCCCUCCCAGCCUUGUUUUGCGGCUUCUUUCCCUCGGGAGUGGGCACUGAGUGUCCUCUGAGGACACUAACACUGCCUUUGCACCCAACAAGGGUCACUGGAAGAACAGUGGAUGAUCCCCUGAGACUGGUGGUGGCUGCGGUGGUGGUUGACCCUGAACCUCUAGUCUUCCUGCCUUCCCUUCUGUUUACUUGUCUUGGCCUCCAGAGGACACCCCUGGUCCUGAAGCCCUAACCUCAGCCUCUCUGGUGACCCUCUGCAGGGAGCUGGGAGGCUUCUGGUUUUAGUGCCAGGGAGCCCGUGUCUGGUGGCUCAGAGAGCUUGGGCAUCAAGCCCCUAACCUCAGCCCCUCACCUGAUGUUGUGUGGCCCUGGGUGCAUCAUUUACUGCUCAACCUACCUCACAGGGCUGUUGUGAGGGUUAGAUGACAGAACGUGUUCUCAGGCAUCCGCAAGUUUGAGACAUUAAACAAACGGAAACAGCUGGCGUUGUGAUGUUGUCCUUCCCGCUCUCACUCGGCCUAACCCUGGGUUUUCUGCUGCUUUUAGGGAGGCAAUAAACAGUUAUGGAUAAUCAUGCUUAGGGCACUCAGGUCUGAGGUCGUGUUGCUGGCCACUGUAGGAGAACAGACACAUUUCCUCCUUCCAGUGCCAGCUCAGCUCACCCCACACUCACCUGGCCAAGGCAGCCAUUGCACCCAGGAAUGACACCAGCCUAUGACCCAGUGAACCAGCCCUGCAUGCUGCCUGCCUGGUGUUUGAA